AAAUGAGUGAGGAUAUAUUAAGCAAAAGUAAUAUGGGUGAAUUUGGAGAAGUAUAUUUUCAUUUAGAUUUUUAUUUAGGACUUUGAUCAACAACUCUAUGAAAAAUGUGAACAAUUUUGCUAAAAAUUGAGACGAACAAAUUAAUAGCUCUAUAAGUUCGAAUUAAUAUCAAUUUUAGACAAUUUUCCAAUAUUGUUAAUUAAAAUAGUAAAGUUGCUAAAGAGUAAUUGGGAUAAAUGUUAAGUGAGGAACCAGAAAUAUUAAAGGAAGUGAAUACCCUUUUGGAAGAAGAUGUCAAAUUCAAGACUCAAAAAGAAAAAUUGACCGAGUUUAUCACCAAUGAAAGCAACAAACCCAAGGCACUGGAGACGAUAUUGAAAUAAAUCUAAAAUGGACAUUUAGAUGGACAUCAAAACAAAGAUCAUAUCUUGGAUUUAUUUAGCAAUGAGCCACAAUUACAAUAAUAGUUCUUGUAGAGUUUCAAAAAGAAGCAUGACUAAAUUCAGCCAAAAAAAAAAGUUGAAGAAAAUAGAAAUUAUUUUUAAAAACUAUUGGAUAAGAAUGGAGUAGUAGACAUGGUAAGACUUAUAUUAAUAUAUUAGAAUGAAUUACUCUUUUGGGAUAAAUUUAGAAUGAGGGUAAUUCAAUAGUAUCCGAAUGAUUUUCAACAAUUUAUGAAUGAAUUUAUGAAGAUUAUACAUCUAUAUUCUGAAUGCAUUAUAACUUAGAUGGAAGUGAUGGAAUUAAUCAAUUAGUAAGAAUGGUUAGAGACUGAAUACAUUGAUGAGAUUAGGUCUAUGUUGUCAACAAGAGUGAUAGCUCGAAGAAUACAAACACCUUUUUUUAAACCUUUGAAAGAUACAGAUUUUGCUUAAGUUGACAGAGUAACAAGGUCAUAUGUCAGAAUGCCUAUUGGAUAUGCAAAGGCUAAUAAUAACUAAGAAAUCCUAAACCACUCUUGGGUAUCGGUGCCAUUUGGUUCUGAGGACCAAUCAUUCUUAAUUAUGAGAAAAAAUACUUUUGAAGAACAGCUUUUUAAAAGCGAGGACGAAAGGUUUGAAUUUGAUGUCAAUAUUUAAUAAAUAAAAAGAACCAUAAAUUUAUUAUAAGAAAUAAUCGAUGGUAAUAAAGAGGAUCCAAUUUUGAUUGCUAAAGUAAUUGAUAUGAGAAUCUUACAAUAAUUAUAUCGAAAUUAAACUUAAGAUUAAAAUGAAGUGCUUUAGAUAUUUUAAACAAAGCCGACUGAAAGUGCUAAAAUCCUAAUAAAGAGGGUUAAAUAAAAGUUAAAUGAACUUAUUUCAGCAAGAAAUAAUAAAGCUAAAUAAAUUUGGGAAAAUGUCUCAUUAAAUAAUUUUCAUCGUUCCCUUGAUCACAGAUCAUUUUAUUUUAAAAAGAAUGAUAAAUUGGUCAUAAAUGGACAAAGAUUCGCAAGAGAAAUAGAAGAAUAUGCCAAAAAUGUCUUAAUAAAGCAUUUGGGAUCAAAAGAGCACGUAUUUGUCAAAAGAAAACAAGAUUAAAUAUAGUACACUUUUGAAAAUUCUUUUCUAAAUUCUCUUGCAUAAAUGACUAAUAUCAGACCUACUCUACCGAAACAAAUGCCAUUAAUAAGCUCUACAAAGGAUAAUAUUCGUUUUGCUCCAUUAAUUUCGUUGUGGAUGGGAAAUGAAUAAAUUUUAUAGGAAUGUGGUUAAUUUGUUAUUCAUUAUCUCCAAAUUAUGGGAGGUAACAAUUCUUUGGAUAAAAGAAAUGGAACAAUUUUAAUGAUCAAGUUAAUCAAUCACUUUUUUUAAGUUUCAAUGAAGCCUAUGCAAAUAUCGUAAUUGACAUUAAUAGAUACUAAAUUGAAAAAUGAGAUUUAAGAACUUGAAGUUUAUGAUAUUCAUUAUAAUCCAGAGGAUGCUUCAAUCUCAAUUCCUGCUAUAGAAAAUGAAUCCCCAGGUCUAUUUCUGAAUUUACAACCAAAAGUUAAGUCAACUACAUAUGUGACAUAAAAUCUCUACAUACUUUUGCGAUUUUUACAUACAAUCUAUCAAAGACUGGAAAUGGCUUAUGUCAUUAGUUAAUAAAAUAAACUAGGAUAAGAUAAGAGAUAUAAUUUAUUUAAAUCUGCUUUGUUUCUUUCAUUAAAGGCCAAAGACUUUAAAUAUGAAGAUCAUUUGCGUAGCUUAUUUGGAAAACAUGUAAAUAGAUUAUUAAUAACUUUAGGGUUUCAUAUUUUCAACAUUAGAAAAGGUUUUCCAUGAUGCUGCUAAGCAAUUAGCUGUUUGUGCUUCAGAUGUUGUAACAAUGUCAUAUUUUGAAAAAUCAGUAUCAGUAGAAGGAGAUCUUGAUAAAUACUUCUAAGUUGUAUCUAGCAUUGUAAACGGUGAAGGAAUUAAGGUUUCAGAUUUAGAAGCUUCUGUUUUUUGUAAGUUCUAAGAAUAAGCAGAAGAAGAAUAAUUGCUUAAAUUACAUCAGGCAUUUUCUAGGCAUAAACCAGAAAAGAAACCUAUCUAUAGAGUAAUUUGAUAGAUUAAUUUUAGAUUGCUUGUUGGCACAAAGCAUGCUUUAUUUCAAUUUUACCAGCAUAUGGAGGAUGCAAUUAAGAUAUCUGUAAAUCUUGUAAGUAACCUUUCUUAAUGAGGAACAUGAAAAGAGGUGAGAGAAGAAUGAUGAUCAAAAAUAGUAUUGAAUGGAUUGUUGAUGAGUUUAGCCAUUUUAAACCUAUCAUUAAUCAGGGAGAAGAUUAUUUAAAAUGUGUAUGAUUGUAAUACAAGGGAUAAUGAUUUUAAUUG